CUGGGAGGCGGGGCGGGCUGGCGGGCUGCUUUAUCUGCCUCCGCGCUGUGCUGGCUAGUGGCGGGUCUGGGGUAUCGUAGCGCAGAGAUCCCGGAUCCUGCUCACUGUCUCUACGCCUUGCACCUUUGAUCCAGGUCCUCGCAUCCGGGUUCCGGCCCCAGACAACACCAUGGUGAAUGAAGAGAAGAUUUCUCUAAGAAAACGCCUGUCAAAGCCCAGUGAAAAUCCCGAGGAAAAUGAAGAUCAUAAAAACCCUACGAAGGAGUCCCUGGAGAUACCAAGUAAUGGUUGGAUUGACAUGAAACAUUUGUUAGCAAAGAAGAAAAAAAUGACGGCAGAGGCAGAGGAACUGAAACCAUUUUUUAUGAAGGAAGUUGGCAGUCAAUUUGAUGAUUUUGUGAGCAAUCUCAUUGAAAAAUCAGCAACUUUAGACAAUGGUGGGUGUGCACUUACCACCUUUUCUGCUUUUGAUGGAGAGAAAAACCAUAGAGCUAAAGAUCUGCGAGCACCUCCAGAACAAGGAAAGAUUUUUAUUAUAAGGCGAUCUCUCUUAGAUGAACUGUUUGACGUGGACCACAUCAGAACAAUAUAUCAUAUGUUCAUUGCCCUCCUCAUUCUCUUUAUUCUCAGCACACUUGCAGUAGAUUACAUUGAUGAAGGAAGGUUGGUGCUUGAGUUCAGUCUUUUGUCUUAUGCUUUUGGAAAUCUUCCUGUUGCUCUGUGGACAUGGUGGGCCAUGUUCUUUAGUACACUUGUAAUUCCCUAUUUCCUCUUUCAACGCUGGGCCAGAGGCUACAGUAAGAGUUCCCAUCCAGUGGUCCAUUCUUUCAUCCAUGGAUUACUUUUUACAGUCUUCCAGAUUGGAAUUCUAGGUGGUGGACCACUAUAUAUUAUAUUAGCAUAUACACUGUCACCAGCUUCCCGAUGCAUUGUUAUAUUUGAGCAGAUUCGUUUUGUAAUGAAGGCCCAUUCAUUUGUCAGAGAGAAUGUACCUCGUGUACUAAGUGCAGCUAAGGAGAAAUCAAGUACUGUUCCAGUACCCACAGUCAACCAGUACUUGUACUUCUUGUUUGCCCCUACCCUCAUCUAUCGGGACAACUAUCCCAGGACUCCCACUAUAAGAUGGAGUUAUGUUGCUAUGCAGUUUGCACAGGUUUUUGGUUGCUUUUUUUAUAUGUAUUACAUCUUUGAAAGACUCUGUGCCCCUCUGUUUCGAAAUAUCAAGCAGGAGCCCUUUAGCGCUCGUGUCCUGGUGCUAUGCAUAUUCAAUUCCAUCUUGCCAGGUGUAUUCAUCAUGUUCCUCUCCUUUUUUGCCUUUUUGCACUGUUGGCUCAAUGCCUUUGCUGAGAUGUUGCGCUUUGGUGACAGAAUGUUUUAUAAGGAUUGGUGGAAUUCUACAUCAUAUUCUAACUAUUAUAGGACUUGGAAUGUUGUGGUUCAUGACUGGCUGUAUUACUAUGCUUAUAAGGACUUUCUGUGGUUUUUCACAAAAAGAUUCAGAUCAGCUGCCAUGUUAGCUGUCUUUGCUGUGUCUGCUGUAGUGCAUGAAUAUGCCCUGGCUGUGUGCUUGAACUUUUUCUAUCCUGUGAUGUUUGUCCUCUUCAUGUUUUUUGGAAUGGCUUUCAACUUCAUUGUCAAUGAUAGUCGGAAAAGGCCAAUCUGGAAUGUUUUGAUGUGGACUUCCCUUUUCUCUGGCCAUGGGGUUCUCCUAUGCUUAUAUUCUCAAGAGUGGUAUGCACGUCAGCACUGUCCUCUGAAAAAUCCUACAUUUCUAGAUUACAUCCAGCCACGUUCCUGGACUUGUCGGUAUGUGUUUUAGAAGCCUAUUUUCUUCCUUGACAAUGAAGAUUGGAUAUUCUCCCUGCUUUGGAGCCAGCACCUGUUUCCUGCUGUUUGUGAAGUUAUCUGUGCUAUUUGGAUCACUUUGGGCUUUACAGAUGGCUCAUUCCAUUCCUAGGUCUCUGGAAGAUGAACUGUUGGAAGUUUACUAGGAUCUUGUACAUUUAUGUAGUCUUUUCCCCCUGCCCCUUUAUUGGAAGAAGAGAGAUUUAUAGCUGAUAUAAUGAUAGUUCUUUGCUGGGUCAGCAGCUACAUCUUAUGUCUUCAUCUAAUUGAAGACUGACCUAUUUUCUUGGCUGCUAAAUUAGGCAAAACACUUAAGAAGACAUUUUAUUAUCUCUGGCUUGGAAUUUUAAAGCAUGUUGUAUGACUAUUUAACUACCAUCUGGAAAAGAAUAGAGCAUUUUGCUAUUUCUAGUAGAAAAAAAAACAUUUUUCAAAGGUAAUCUUGUUAUAUACUAAUUUGUGCAUUUUUUAAAAGUUCAAAUCUAUCCAGUUUUAGUUGUUUGCUAUACAGUAUAGGUUAUGAUUUCUUUGAAACAAAAUAUACUUUUCAUCUUGAAUAUAUAUCUGUAAUAUAUAUUAGAAGGAAGACAGGGGAGAAAGUAGCACAGGACAAAGUAAAUCAUUUCCUUUUAAAACUUCCAGAGUUUUUAAGAAAGAAAAAAAGGUCUUGCAUAAUUAAUUAUAUGCUUAUUAACAGCAGCUGGGGAGAUGACUUAACAGGUAGAAUACAGGACUUGAAUAUGUGGGUCUUCAGGUUUGACCUCCCGCCCCAGCACUGCAUAUGUCAGAGCUGAAUGAUGCUCUGGCCUCUUUUAUAAAAUAAUCAUUUUAUCUUGUAACUUAAUGUGGAAGUAGCUUUUUUGUUGGUUUAAACUUGAAGGUAUUAAAGACACUUUCAGAAGUA